CCCAUCUCUCCGCCGCCGGCAGGAUGCCCCGCUAUGAGCUGGCUUUGAUCCUGAAAGCCAUGCAGAGGCCUGAGGUGGCUGCUACACUGAAGCGCACAAUAGAGGCUUUGAUGGAGAGAGGAGCAGUUGUGAGGAACUUGGAAAACCUGGGAGAAAGAUCACUGCCAUAUAAAAUCUCCAAGCAUAAUCAAGAUCACAGAAGAGGAGGGUAUUUUUUGGUAGACUUUGAUGGCCCACCCGCGAUUGUUUCAACGAUGAUGGACCAUUUAGGACGUGAUGUUGAUGUAAUUAGACCUACUUUUUUAAAGCAUCCAGUAUCAAAGACAGAAGAAUGCAGUGGCAUAAUCCCAGUCAACUAUGAAGAUAAACUAUAUACCAAGAAAAAAUGAGUAUCCAAAAGAUCGUAUCUGAAACUUUUUAUUUUAGCCCAGCUUUUGGAUACAAUUGUGGUCAUAAUUUUUGUCUAUGUACAGAGUAAUCUAUUGUAGUCAUAUGGCAUCUGGAGUUAAUGUAACCUUUAGCUUUCUUUUUUGUUGUAAAUUAAAUAGUUAAUUUGUAUGCUUAUGUUAAUAGUUGAUGACUAGUCUGAAAAUUGAUUUGCUUUCCUUGGAAAGCAUUACAUCUGAUGAAGUUCUGUCUACCAAUCAGGAGACUAAAAAUAGCAUUUUUUUUCAGUAAGAUUACUUCAGACUUUGUACAUGUACACAGUAGAUUAAGAAAGCUCUGUUUGACAAUGUAUACUGUAUAGCAGUAUGAUUUUUUUUUUUUGAGCAAGUUAAUAAAGGUGAUUGAAAUAAGCUUUGUUUAUUGUUGAAGACUAGAAAAGGUGCAGGGAAAUGUUACACAUAUACCUUGCCAAAAGGCAUUCUAACCUACUGUUCUGAAUAUAAUCACAGAGGGUUGGUCUAAGUA